GAAUGGUUUUACCUAAUGCCCUUGGUGUUCUAUCUUGUUGGUAAUCAACGUUUAUUGCAGUUUCUUCCCCGUAUAUGGAAAGCGAAAAAAGAGAUAGCUGGUCAAGUAGCAAUCAUACUUUCUGUUGCAAUUGUAUGGACCUAUGCAGAGAUUUUGACUGUGGCUGGUGCAUAUGAUAAUACAACUCAAGAAACACAAAUGAAUUGUCGUACUGAUAGUUCUGGGCUCAUUGGUGCUGCUCCUUGGAUAAAGAAUCCACAUCCAUUUCAAUGGGGAACUCCCAUUUUUGAAGCUGGCGAUGCCCUUUCAAUGAUGGCUGCUUCCCUUGUAGCUGUUAUUGAGUCUUCUGGUACAUUUUAUGCAUCAUCAAAAUUAAGCGGUGCUCCUCCUAUACCUCCCUAUGCCCUGACUCGUGGUAUUGGCAUUCAGGGAAUUGGAACUAUGAUAGAUGCAGUAUUUGGCGCAGGAAAUGGCUCCACUGCUUCAGUGGAAGAUGCAGGUCUUUUGGGAUUAACACACGUAGGAAGUCGGAGGGUCGUUAUAGUAUCAGCAAUCUUUAUGGUUUUCCUUUCCGUUUUAGGAAAAGUUGGGGCUUUUUUCGCUUCAAUACCACUGCCAAUUGUGGGAGCCCUCCACACUGUCCUCUUCCCCUAUGUGGCUUCAGCUGGGCUUCAAUAUCUCGAGUUCUGUAACGUGAAUAGCUUCAGAUCAAAGCUCAUUCUAGGCUUUUCUCUCUUCAUGGGCCUCUCUGUGCCUCAAUACUUCAAGGAAUACGUUUUUCUUUCUGGUCAUGGACCUGUUAACACAGGAACCACCUGGUUCAAUGACAUAAUGCAAGUGAUUUUCUCAUCCCCGCCCACUGUUGCGCUUAUAGUUGCUUUCUUUUUGGAUCGGACUCAUACUCCUGGGGCCUGCUCGACCUGGAAAGACAGUGGCAGGUAUUUGAAGGACAAAUCAGAUGAGUCGGAAAAGACUAAAGAAAUCUAUGAUUUCAUUACUUCACUUGGUGAUAUGUGCUCUUAAUUCUAACACGCUGUGUCCACUAUACAUGAAACAAUGGUUACAAUUAUUCAUAUUUUCUCUUACCAAGGAGUCUAUCUUGUUGCUUUCUUUUUGACAAGUUGUGGCAAUUGACAUAUAAUACUUGUUCAAAUGUUGAUUUUUAGCUUUGGAUCAGCCCUAUAUAUUUGGUAUUUUACAUGAAUAA